GGAGGAAACAAUGUGCUGGACCCGCCCGCCACAUUCUCAGCACAUCUCAGCCAUGCAUGCAUCACUGCAUCCAAGUCCAAACUGUCUCCAGCUUCGAUAGACAGGCUGCUGUUUACUAAAGGGCACAAGUCUCUCUGCUCCCUGUAAUCGGACGAUAGAUCUUACCUUAUCAUCAUCUCUCACCUCUCCACCCCUCCUGCGCAAUCGGGCCGCCACUGGUGGCGUUCUAACGGUGGCGCUUGGACGUCCGCUCUACUCAGCGAAUCUUUCUUCAUCAUUAACAACACCCUCCACUUCGUCUGCUGCUGAGUUUGAAAAUACAAAAUAACUAACAGCGGCAAUGACAGACCCGGCGACACCGAACCCCUACCCAGUCCCGGACUUGACCAUUGUGGAUCCGUCUUCAGGCGCUGUGCGGAACGGCCAGUGCGCCCCGGAUGGCUUCAGUAACAACCACCAUCAGCAUGCAAAGAGCCCUAUCCAGCCUGAGACUCUCACCUCCGGCCAGGAGAUGAAAAUCACCGACAGCGUGGAGGGCGAAGGCCUCCUCGAGAGCAGUUUGCGCCUGAAGCCUCACGAGGCUCAGAACUACAGGAAGAAAGCCCUCUGGGUCUCAUGGACCUCCAUCGUGGUCACCCUCAUACUGGCUGUGACGGCAUUCACUGUUUCCUUCAUGAGGCACAGCGCAUCAGCCUUUGGAUUUGCCUUCGAUGCCACCUUGGAUGUUCUGUCAUCAGUCAUUGUCCUGUGGCGCUACAGCAAUGCAGCUGCUGUGCAUUCAGCACACCGGGAGUACAUAGCAUGUGUAGUCCUUGGUGUUUUGUUUCUGCUCUGCUCCCUUUGCAUUCUUGGAAAAGCCAUUCAUAAUCUGGUCACCAGGAUGCCCCCGGAAGUGGAUGACUUCCUCUUCAGUGUGUCCAUUUUGAGCGGAUUUGUGUGUACUGUGCUGGCUAUUGCCAAGUUCAUGCUGGGAAGAGUGCUGACUAGCCGUGCUCUCAUCACUGAUGGGUUCAACUCUCUGGUCGGUGGCAUCAUGGGAUUUACUAUUCUGAUCAGUGCCCAAGUCUUCAAGGACCAUCCUGAUGUCUGGUUCCUGGAUGGUGUCAUUGGCGUUCUCAUUGGACUCAUCAUUUUGGCAUAUGGGGUCAAACUUUUGAAGGAUAUGGUGCCCCGUGUGAGACAAACAAGGAACUACGAGCGAUUUGAGUGAGCUUCCUCAGCCAGCAGGUUCGCGCCUUUGACCGGCUGCUCCGCUGCUGUGGACUCCUUGACCUUCCCCGGCACUUAUAUAGUGCUUUCUUGCACACACAUGGGCGCGAAAUACAUACGCCAUUGCCAUUACACACAUAUGUUUAUACACUUGUACUGUAUAUGCUGCAUUCACGCAUUCUCAGAUUUUCAUAUGCACACACAUGCACACACAGGCACAAAAAAAAUAUCUGUGCUGUAGAAAGAAACAACAAAAUUGACAGAUAACAACUAAAUAAGAUAAAAAAAUGUGUUCUCCGUUGUCGUUCCUGCUAUUCUUCGUUGUUAUCAAACAAUACGUACACAAAAGGCUUAGACAACCUGUAGCGGCACGACCCUAACAUUCUUUAAAUGUGACUUGUCAAACACAAGCAUGCAUUCAAUAGUCCCGUUUUUCACACAUUCAUAUCUUACAAUCUGCUGUUUUUUUCAGGGUAUGCAGACGUUUAACUAAUUUGUUAAAAUCAUAUUUAUUUAUUUAUUUAUACCUGUUUACAAACAGUAAGUGGAUCUUACAACAGGAAGUGGAUCUUACUCAAAAUAAUUAGGGUAACUCUCUCCAAAACUGUAACAUCUCGAGUGUUUGAAAGGGUUAAAUCAAUACUAUUAUGUUUGUUUUGUAGCACGUUCUCAGGUUUUGAUCAUGAAUGUGAAAGCACUGAACUCUGAAGAAAUAUUCAUUCCUGUGCCAUCAUUUUGUUGUUAUUUGUUACCUCUUUUCGUGUCAACAUUCAUCUGGAAAACUGGAAACCACGCACAAUGACUCCAAUAAUAACAUUACGACUUUGCAGAUACAGUCUACCAUACGACCACACUGUAUUUUGUCACCAGCAUAUGUUGUGCAUGUUCCCAUCAUUAUUAGACUUUGCAAUGAUGUGCGGUGAACAGAAUGUAAAUCCAAACGCACAAACACGUUGAAUAUUUGUCGGUCUGUGUGGGUCCAUCCAUAGCAAACAUCGUAGCUGUAGUACUAUUAAGCCAAAACAGUAAACCUUGUGGACUAGAAAGAUUAUUUUCAAAGUGUUGCUUUGGUAAAAUGUUUACUCUAUAGUGUUUAUAUUCUGUAAAUAUUGUUUUACAUAUUAGUGAUAGACUUAAAUAAAGUGACACGUUUUCUCACUGAACAGUGGGAUGAGACACUGAGAAUGUGAAUGAUGUUAUACAUACAUACUUCAUAGAUGAUGUGAUAUGUGCAUAACAGUUCAGAGUACUCACAAUCUAUGACCGAAUUAUCACCAGUAUUUGACGUGAGGUGGGUUUUGUAUUUGGAUGUAGAAUACGUGUGAGCCCCCUUCUGGUUAGUAAACCACAUGACAACGGUUUCCAUCAGUUGACAGAAUUAAAGCUCUGCCAUCUUAAAUUGUAAACCUUUGUACCAGUGAAGUGCGGUCAGGAGAGGCAGGUGAGGCAGAGCAGAUCAUACCAUAAAAUAAAUCACUGCUUUGUACGGUUUUCCUUAUGGGGCCUAUCUCUACCACUUAUGGGAAUUAUUAACAAUUAAGUUCCAUGGGGGUAAAGUACAAGAAUUGGUGUCGUGUUUUGUGCAAAAAAUAACAAUAAACGGAAGGUAGGAGGCAACAGCCACCUCUUCAGUUCACCAAUGGUUUGUAACGUCAACACCCCUUUCUCGCUAACGCUGGGGUGUCCAAACUGAGGCCCGGAGGCCUUUUGCGGCUCACAGCAGCUUUUAUAUUGGCACAUGGCACAUUCUGAAUACUGGUAUAUCAUUAUAUAUCAUUAUAUCAAGAAAACUUGCAAAAAUGGAAAAAUCACCAGUAAUUUUACUUGAAUACAGCAAAAUGUUAAGAGAAGAAAGUUGUAAUUUAAUUAAAAAAAAAUAUUUUACCGGAAUGGCGUUGUAAUAUUAUAUGGAAAAAUAACAUCACUUUAGUAUAAUAAUGUUGAAAUAUUUUAUAUUAUCAUGUCCAUCCAUUUUCAAUACUUCGUGUCCUCACUAGGGUCGCGGAUAUGCAGGAGCCUCUCCCAGCUGUUUUUGGGAGAGAGGCAGAAUACACACUGGCCUCGUUGCCGUUUUUUAAGUCGUAAUAUUAUGAGAAACAAACAAGACAAUGAAUAAAGCUGUCAUUUUUGGGAAAUUAGGUUGUGGAAAAACUUAGAAUGUUACAAGAAUAAAGUCUAAAUAUUAUGGGAAUAAAGUUAUAAUUACAAGAAGAAAAUUUAUAAGAAGAGAGUAUAGUUGGAAAAAAACAAUCAACAGUAGAAAUGCAAAAAACAACUGUCAUUUUCCGAGAAUAAAGUCAAACUAUUAAGAGAAAAGUCAUAUUCUAACGAGGCAAAAAGUCAUAUUUACAAGAAUAAACUUGUAAUAUGAGGAAAAAUAAUGCCAUUUUCAGUUGAAUUUUUUUUUUUUUUAUCAUAAAAAGGUCCAACAAAACAAAAUGUUGGUAGUUGUAAUGUUUGGAAGAUUAGGUUGGGGGAAAAGUUAUAUUAUUAUAGAAAUAAAGUCAAAUUAUUACAAAAAGAAAAUGUAUGAACAUUAUUUAAGAAGAAAGUUAAAAUAUUUGGAAAAGUAAAAAAAAAAACGAGGGGAAAAAAGAGCAAAGUUCAUACUAAUACACUUUUUCACCUACACCACAAAGCUGAGAUGCAGUAUAUACAACUUUCUUGCAUAUCUACAUGUGUUGGCAUACAAAAUAUCAAAGUGGAACUUCUUAUUCAGUACGUGGCCCUCGGUGGAGAAAGUUUGGACACCCCUGCUCUAAAGCAUUAUUGACAAUCUUUAGAAGGCAUAAUUCAAAGCAAUACAUACUGUAAGGCAUAGAACAGAACAAACGUCUGCAUUUGUCAGUGGUCAUUACUAUUUUGGUUUGGCUAGAGACUUUGCAUUGACUUUUCUACCUCUCUUUUUGCACUGUUUUGUUCUCCAAUUCUUCUUGUACCCAUUUCAUGCUUCUUAAUUGACAUCUCUUCUCACCUACCUUAUAAUAAGUCAUCUUCUAAGAUGGGUAAUUACCAAAAAUAUGUAAAUGUCUUUGUCUAACCUUUCAUUCAUGAAUGUGUCAUUUUUCUGUGAUCCUCCCAAUUCAUUCUCAUAAGCAUAGCAUAGUUUUCAAAACUAUAAACAUGUUUUCUGUGAUAUUUUAGUGACCUAUUGUAUAAAGUUGACCUCAUUUGCUGUAUUUGUUUCCUCAAUCUGAAUUGUUUUCUGACAGUAGCAAAUAUUUGAUUGUACUUGCACUGAUUAAUACAGUAUCACCCGUGCGUGUCUCCAUAUGCUUUGCAUGGACUUUAAAAAGUAGUCCCUAAGUCAGGAGUGUCCAAAGUGUGGCCCGCAGGCUGCUUUCGGCCUGCAGCUAAUUUUAUGCUCGGGAUGUUGUAAAAAUAUAAUGAAUACAUUAUUAAUGAGAUAUAUUAUUAGCUAUUACUCAAAUUUGUUUGGUCACCGAUAACACAAAGCUAAGAUGUCGUUUAUUCACAUAAAGUACAUUAUAGUGACCUACAUUGGGGUGGUUUUAGCAUCUUUGAUGUACAAAAUGCGUCCUUUAGUUUUUCUGUAUGCAACCCUCAGUGGAAAAAGUUUUGACACCUUUCUCCUAAGUAAUACAAAUUUCACAUAUGAUGAAAAAUGUAAAUACAUUUCUCUUAGAUUUUGCUGUGUAACAGUAUUCUGUUUGUACAGUAAUAAGAUCCAUAUUAUGAUGUGUAUUUCAUUUAUCAUGAAAAUCAACAAUGAAAUAUUUCUUUGUUUUAAAAAAAAAAGUUGUAUUGAUUAAUAAAGUUCUAUCCUGCU